CGCUGACGUCACGUGUCUUGCAGGCCCCGGGCCGGCGGCGUACGCGCUGCCCGGUACGGUGGGGCUGGAGGACCACGACCCGACACGUCACCGCGCGCCCGGCUACACCAUGGCCGGCGUGCAGCAGAGGAGCUACGAAUCGGUAGGGCCCGGACCUGCGCACGGCGUGCCUCAGGGCAUGACGAGGAACGGGCCGGCGCCACACGUCGGCGUGCCCAUCUCCGGACCCUGGACCAUUCUGCGUGCCACGUGCCCCGCGCGCCCAAGUACGCGCAGACGCCGGGGCCGGACGUGUACUACCCGCAGCUCGGCCGGCGCGGACCCCACUACACUGCGAGCGGGCCCAACUACCCGACGGCGCGCGCCGCGCUUCUCCUUCGGCGUGCGCCAUUCCGAGUGCAUCAACUCGCCCGCCUCCGGCAUCGACAACGUCUACCCGCCUUUUUACUGCCCUCCCACCAGUUAA